UUUUUCGAUGUCAUGUCAUGAAUGUUAAUUUUGUGCUUCAGCAAUUCGCAAGUGUUGAAAUAAUCAGCUUUUGUGUAUGUAAAUAACGAUUUCCAGUUUUAUUUAUUGUGAUCGUGACCGUGACCAGAAAAGUUAUACUUCAUACAUAAGUUCUUGUGAUUUUAAAGCAAAAUAAAUACACAAAAAGUUUAAAUUGUUUGCGAUAAUACGUUACAUAGUGACUAAUAAAUUGUUUUGUUUGUCUUUAUAAUCUCAAUACUGUAGAAUCGAAAUUAUUUGAAGUAUAUAAACAAAAUGCCGAUUCUAUUUAGCGUAGUUGCCCGGGGCACAGUUGUCUUGGCUAAGUAUGCAACUUGCGCUGGAAAUUUUACAGAAGUCACUGAACAAAUACUAACAAAGAUUCCACCCCGCGAUGACAAACUCACUUACUCUCAUGGAAAUUACCUUUUUCACUAUAUUGCGGAAAACAAACUGGUAUACUUCUGCAUUACUGACGAUAAAUUUCAACGAUCGAGAGCAUUCCUCUUUCUUAAUGAAAUCAAAAGAAGAUUUACUUCAGCAUUUGGGGAUACUGCACAGACAGCUAUCCCCUAUGCUAUGAAUGGAGAGUUUUCAAGAGUCUUGGCCACUGAGAUGACACAUUAUAGUGAAUCAAAAGACUUGGACACUAUAUCCCGAGUGCAUGGUGAACUUGACGAACUGAAAAAUAUCAUGGUAAAAAAUAUUGACAACAUGGCGAUGCGUGGUGAAAAACUAGAAUUACUGGUCAAUAAAGCUGAUAAUUUGGCGACACACUCGGUCUCGUAUCGUGCGUCAGCUAGGACCCUCCAGCGUUCCUUGUUCUGGAAGAAUAUCAAGAUGUACGUGAUAUUGAUUCUUAUCGUUGCUUUAGCGAUAUAUCUGAUAGGUGCAAUGGCUUGCGGUGGACUUGCUUGGAGAUCUUGUGUUGGUUAAAUACAUUCAAUAAUCAUCAUGUUAUCAUAAUCGAUAAUUGUAUAAUUAAAGAUGUGUACCACGAAAUAUUGUGUUAACGAAUUCCUAAUUUAGGUGUAACGGCCGUACUCAGUCUCUAAUUGGUCAUUAAGGAAGUGCUUUAGUGUAGUUUCAGCAUGAAAUCUUAUACUACACUAAGGCAUUGUUUAAGUGUCUAUUGGACUCUGCGUGCGGCUGUGAGUUUAUAUUAUUGAAACCAUUUAAAAAUGCUUUUUAAAAGUUAUAAUGAAUUUUAUUCACCAAUUGAUAAAGCACUUUGAGUUGUAGUUUACUUGAUGCAAUCUAGUUAGAUAGAAAGUUACAGAAUAUAAAAAAAGUAUUUGAUAAAAUUAUUACAAGUUUUAAUUUUUGUUAUGAAUUUUUCCAGUCUUCGUAAUAUAAUUUUGUCACAUGCAAAAGAUUCUGGUUUUAAAAAGUAUGAAAUGCAUUAAGACCAGUGAAAGUGUCCUAAAAGUGAGUAUUGAAAUGCAACUUCUUGUGUUCACACAGAUAUGGACUUAUGUUGAAGAAAUAAGGGCAAUUUCGGACUGUUAUUUAAAGACAGAUCGCUGGUUUUUCAAUUUAUUUCAUAUAUUUCAUUGAAGUGCUUUAGUUUUAAAAAAAUUGAUCAUUGCCAGUGAUGAGAAGUUUAUAUCAAUUAUGAGAGCAUAUUUUGCGUAUUUUGUGGCGUUUCAUAAUUAUAGGUAUCCCCUCCAUAACUUCAUAUACAUAUUUUUAUCAGUAUUUAUCCUAUAACCUAAAAAGUGUGUGUGAUGUCAAGCAAUUGGAAGAAAAUUUGCAUUUUGCUCACUUUAAUUGUCAUAGGUCCAUAAAAAUAUCAACCAUGAUGUUAUAUGUUGGUAAAUUUGCUUACGCUUUGCUGUGAGAACUCGGGUCAUCGUCCUCGUUAUCAUCAGCUAUAUGUUCCUACUGAGGGGCUCGGAGCCUACCAAAAGUUAGAGGUGAUUAGGUCAUAGUCAACUACGCUGGCCCAGUACGGGUUGACUUCAUACAUAUCUUUGAAUUACUUCGCAAAUAUGUAGUUUGCAUUAUGACGUUUUCCUUCGAAGUACAUAUGUAAAUCGAAAAUCGAACCCUGAACCACUGAUACUCUCUAAUUGCUUGGCGUUUCAACAUGGACUUUGGUAAGAAAUUAGGAUUUUUUCUAACUGGUAACCCUUAAAACUUGUCAAAGUCGAUUUGUGACAUCUAGAGUGAUUAAAGGGUAGUAUUGUUCCCUAUAUCAAUUUUUUUUAAACUUUGAUUCCAUAGAAAUGUUUUUAAUGACAAUGUUUGAUUUUUUUACAUUAUAUUUGUAUGUAUGAUUUAACUUUGACUGCAGUGCACUUGUAUUGGUACAUAUUAUUCGUUUUUUUUUAAAUAGAAAAUGAAGGAAUACGAUAUGCUUCAAUACAAAGGUCUUUUGUGUGGUAAAAUUGUAUGUCCUAAAUAUUAAACAAAAAAAUAAAAAAACAAGUGACACGAAUCUUAGUAUUUCAAAACUCUUUAAAUGCCAAAUAUGUAUUCCUUAAUAUACACUUAAAAUAUAUUAUUUUGUAUAGAUGUAGUUUUGUCAUAUAAUGUAAUUUUUUAAGCAUUUUUUUUUCACUUUUCCAAUUUGUAAUAUGACAACAUUGUUAAGCAAAAUGUUUAAUUUUUAAUUAAAUUUUCUUGAAUAUGUCUGUAAUAUGACUUCAAUGUCUUAAUAAUAACGAGGAAGUGAGAUUGUUGGCAAUAUAAUAAUUUUUAAUACGUUGACGAGAGCACUUUAUUUUUUUCAUGAUAAUAAAUAUAUUUUUGAUUGAUUACUUUCUAUAUUCUUUAAAAUUCAAUUAUAAUUAAGACUUUUAAAAGUAUUGUGAUAUCAUUAUAUAUUAUAAGUAUAAUAAUAGUUUGUUUACUAUUUGAAA